AUGCCAGGUAGAUUCCUGCUUCGACGCGCCCAGGCCUCUUUGAGUCUUAGUACAAGUAAAAAAGAAUCAAAGUCCAAAUCACCUGCUCCUGAGAGAUCAUUAUCUGAUAGUUCAAUCCAGCUAGCAUGCACCACCGGCCCAUCAAUCCUUAGAAGUAACCUCAAUCCUAGAUGGAAAGAAAAGAGACCUGAACCUGCUUGGGUCCAUGACCGCGAGGAAGAAGGUGAUCAUUUAGGUGAUGAAGAAGUACCAUUUGAACUUGAUGAGACUUUAACACCUUCACCAGAUCAUUCAUUACUUACCACACCGACAUUCAGUGUACAAUCCACUGCCACAAUGCCAUUAGAGUUUUUCUCACCAUCUUCAUCCUCAUCUAUGAUGUCAAGAUGUGAAUGUGAUCCAGAAUGUUUAGAUCCGUCAUUAUGUAGAUCUUACAUAUCUUUCGGUUCUUCUUACAUGUCACAACCAAGCUCAAGUCAAAUAGAAUCAAAUGAAUUAUUCAAUUCUUCUGUUUUACCUUCACCUUGGAGACAAUCACCUUGUUUCAUCGACAACGAUAAUUUCUCCUCGGAUAAUUCAAGUAAAUGUUCUUGGGCAAAUUCACCAAGCUUUUCACUCUCUCGUAGUAAUCUGAAUAUACCAAGUAUCAAAAUUAGAAGACAAAGUCAAGAUUCAACAUAUCAAUCAGAAGAUGAUUUUGAAGAUGACUCUUUCGAUAAUAGAGGAAGUACGUUGAAACGAAAAGAUUUGUCUGAUCUGUUGAACGGUUGUGGAAGUCUAAUGGACUCAUCAAGUGUCUGUAGAUCAAUUCUGUCUGAUCGUCGAAAUUCAGAAGAAAGCUUCUCCUCAUCGUUAUCCACCAUCGAAGAGAAAGACGAAGAACCAAAACCUAAAUCACCAGAACCAAUAAAAAUCCUUGGUUUCCCACAACACCUCCAACCUCAAUCGGCUACAUCUCGCUCGAGUAGAUUGAGUCCAAUCCAAGAAUCAGCGUAA